AUGGGCGCAGACGAGAUCAAUACGUCUCUGCUAGCGACUCAGGCCGCUCUGGACUGUGAGAGGCUGGCCGUUGUCUCCUGGGACGAGGCUGAGAGGUGGAAGAAGGAGCUGUCUGUUGUCAUGGGCAAUCUUCGCGCCGCCGAGGCCAAGUACAACCGUGAGCUCAAAUUCCUUGCAAUGUCACAAAAGGUUGCACACCUCGACUCCUCGACAACCAGCAAGCGUGACUCAACGUCUCAAAGCUUGGCAUUACUUCAGGAGCGCGUAGAUAUGGCCGAAAAGGAAUUGCACCCAGUGCGCGAGCGUGAGGCUGCGUUGCGAAGGCGCUUGAAUGAGCACUACGCUGGCGUGCUUGCACGCGAAUUGAGGCAUCUUCAGAGGCGUGAGAACCAGACGAGCAGGCAACCAAGCGAACCAGCGCGUGCACUGGAGGAAGCGCAGACCCGCGAUCGCCUAACGGACCGCAUCGACGCGUUGGAAGAGCAGCUCGCGGAAGCCGGUCGGCGCGAGCAGGUCCUGGAAAGCAACCAGCGGGCGCUCGAACAAAACGCGACCACUUUCGACGGUGCUGUGGCUCAGUUCUCCAAGGAUCGCGAAGAGUGGCUCAACGAACGCGACGAGAUCCUGCUCAAGGAGCGCGACAAUCUCGUCAAGGAACGUGAGAGUCUUGCCAAAGAGCGUGAGGGCUUUGUUAUGGAGCGGGACGCCCGCGACCUGGAGCAGCAGUCAUUCGUUUCGCGGCACGAGACUUCAACAUCCCUCACGCGCGCCUUGCACGAGCGGAUAGGUGCCAGCCUUGGUGCACUUCUUGGCCGUCCACCAGUUGCCGAGGAGGACAUGGCUUCUGCUAUCGACGAGGCAGCGGCUCAGAUGGCCAGACGCGAUCGUGAUAUCGCCAGACUGCGUGAGGAAAUCGAGGACAUCGUUGCGGCCAACGAGGGUGCCGACGCCGACUUCAAGAGGGUUUCGAGUGAGCGCGACGAAUGGAAGAGCGUGGCGGAGACUGCCAAGCGAGAGGCUGCUGUCGCGACGGCAGCGCAGCGCAGCACCCAGGACGAGCACAUGGAACUUGUUCGCAAAAUGCGCACUCAAAACACCGAGAUUUCGGAGCUUAGGCAGCGCUUGGAGCUCACUGGUGCUGAAGGCACCCCCAUCAGCUCGCCGGAGCUUGUAAUCAAGGUCGCCAAAUUGGAAACCGAGCUCGCUACCGUUAAUGAAGUCCUCGCCAAGGCAUGGAGCGUUCUCCCCGCCCCAGCCGCUGCCGGAGAUGCCGGACUGAGCGACCCUCGCAUUGUUUCCCCCAACUCGUACAUCAACUUUGCGGCGCUGCAGCGCGCUUACGCCGGCCCUCCGGCCAGUGACAAGUACCCCGGGAUCGACCAGCUGCUGGACCGCAUCCGUAGUGUCGUGAGCGACGGGCGUAUCCUCGUGGAGCGAAUGGCCAACCUUGAGAAGGACAAGGAGCGACACAAAGCAAACGCCAGCAAAGCAGCCAAGUUGGUUGGGAACAGCCAGCAGGCGCUCGAGACGUACAAGCGCCAAGUCGAUCACCUUGAAGAACAGCUCGACGCCAAUCAGCUUGCCCUUGAGUCUUACCAGCAUCAAGUAGCCGAGCUACAGGACCAGAUGGCGCACAGGUCAGCGACUGCUGCGUCAGAAAAUAGCGACCUCGAGCGAGCACUGGCGGGCUUGCGUGAUGCGCAGCAGCGGACGAGCCAGCUGUCCGCCGAGCUUGCAGCCAAGACGACUGCUCUCACGCAUCUUCAGACCGAAGUUGAGACCCUGCGCACGCAGGCUUCGCGCAUGGAGCAGGAGAAUGAGGAUGAGCGCCGGCGCUUCCAGGAGCAGCACAUGGUCAUCCUCGACGAGAUGAACCUGGCGCAAGAACAAAACGACGCGCUGCGCACCAAACUUCGCGCAGCGAACGCUAGCACCACGAGUGUCAAUCGCGCAAAGUAG